GCAAGUGCGGCGCACCUUCAAGAUGGCGGCAGGCCUGAGGAAACGCGGCCGGGCAGGUCCCGCAGCUCGGGCGGUGGGACUGUGCGGGCAGUGGCUGCGGCGCGCCUGGCAAGAGCGGCGCCUACUGCUGCUGGAACCGCGCUACACGCUGAAGGUGGCCGCCUGCCUCUGCCUGGCGGAGGUGGGCAUCACCUUCUGGGUCAUUCACAGGGUGGCAUAUACAGAGAUUGAUUGGAAAGCCUACAUGGCUGAGGUGGAGGGUGUCAUCAAUGGCACCUAUGACUAUACUCAACUGCGGGGUGACACUGGACCUCUUGUGUACCCAGCCGGCUUUGUGUACAUCUUUAUGGGGCUAUACUAUGCCACUGGCCGGGGCACUGACAUCCGCAUGGCCCAGCACAUCUUCGCUGUGCUCUACCUGGCCACUUUGCUGCUUGUCUUCUUGAUUUACCACCAGACCUGCAAGGUACCUCCCUUCGUCUUUUUCUUCAUGUGCUGUGCCUCUUACCGUGUCCACUCCAUCUUUGUGCUGCGGCUCUUCAAUGAUCCAGUGGCCAUGGUGCUGCUCUUCCUCAGUAUCAACCUCCUGCUGGCCCAGCGCUGGAGCUGGGGCUGCUGCUGUUUCAGCCUGGCAGUCUCUGUGAAGAUGAAUGUGCUGCUCUUUGCGCCUGGGUUACUGUUCCUUCUCCUCACGCAAUUUGGCCUCCGUGGGGCCCUCCCCAAGCUGGGCAUCUGUGCUGUACUUCAGGUGGUGCUGGGGCUACCCUUCCUGCUGGAGAACCCCGUUGGCUACGUAUCCCGCUCCUUUGACCUUGGCCGCCAGUUUCUCUUCCUCUGGACAGUGAACUGGCGCUUCCUCCCCGAGGCCCUCUUCCUGCAUCGUGCCUUCCACCUGGCACUUUUGACUGCCCACCUCACCCUGCUCUUGCUCUUUGCCCUCUGCAGGUGGCACAGGACAGGGGAAAGUAUCCUGUCACUGCUGAAGGAUCCCUCCAAAAGGAAGGUUCCACUCCAGCCCCUCACACCCAACCAGAUUGUUUCUGCCCUCUUCACCUCCAACUUCAUUGGCAUCUGCUUCAGCCGCUCCCUUCACUACCAGUUCUACGUCUGGUAUUUCCACACACUGCCCUACCUCCUGUGGGCCACGCCUGCACGCUGGCUCACACACCUGCUCAGGUUGCUGGUGCUGGGGCUCAUUGAGCUCUCCUGGAACACAUACCCAUCCACGUCCUGCAGCUCUGGUGCCCUGCACAUGUGCCAUGCUGUCAUCCUGCUGCAGCUCUGGCUGGGCCCUCAGCCUUUCCCCAAGACCAUCCAGCACAGCAAGAAAGCCCACUGAGAUCCAUCUCUUCCCCUCCAGUCUAUUCUCAGGACCCUGGAUGGGGAUGGACUGUGUGCCCUUCCCAAUAAACUUUACGAAGUCCACUUCUGUGCAGCCUACAUGGAGGUGCCUGGACCAAGCUGUGAGGGACAGGCACGCGGCAUAUAAAGAACUCAUUCAGACAGUC